CUCGCGGUCUACGUUCCGUACUGCUCAAGAUCAGAAGAGCCAUGGCAGCUACUGUUGUGCUGGACAACGGAGCGUACAGCCUAAAAGUAGGGGUGGCUAGCGACCAGGAGCCGAAAUUCAUACCAAACUGCAUAACCAGGUCCAAGGCUGAGAGACGUAAGAACUUUAUUGGAGACCAACUGGAGGAGUGCAAGGACCUGUCGGGGCUCUACUACGUGCUGCCGUUCCAGAGAGGCCAUCUGGUGAACUGGGACACCCAGCGACAGGUUUGGGACUACGUUCUGGGCGAGGCCGUCAUGGCCCUCCAAUCUGAGACCCACUCUCUCGUCGUCAGCGAACCCGUCUACAACUUCCGCUCUAUUCAGGACACCAUGAACGAGAUUUUCUUCGAAGAGUACAAGUUCAGUUCGCUCCUUCGUCUCCCCGCCCCUUCCUACUCUUCGUUUCUCUACCAGCAGGCGCACCCUUCUUCUCUCUGCUGCCUAGUGGUGGACACUGGCUACUCGUUCACCCAUAUAGUCCCUUAUUACAGGGGCAAGAUCGUUGAGAAGGGAGUAAAACGUAUCGACGUUGGAGGAAAACUGCUCACAAACUAUCUGAAGGAGAUAGUGUCCUACCGACAGUUGCAUGUCAUGGACGAAACAUACGUCAUGAAUCAGGUCAAGGAAGACUCUUGCUACGUGUCACAGGAAUUUCUCAGAGACAUGGACACAUCUCGAAAAAAGGGGAGUGCCAAUACAAUACUACGAGAGUAUGUACUUCCAGACUUCACCAAUAGGAGAAGAGGCUCUCUGAGAGAACCUGUUGGUAAAUCUGGACACCAGCAGCAGCAGCACAAUCAACAGACGGACGAACAGUGUCUGAAACUGGCCAACGAGCGUUUUUCUAUCCCGGAGAUACUUUUCCACCCGUCCAACAUCGGCAUAGAGCAGAUGGGGAUACCCGAGGCCAUCGCCCACUCUAUUUCCCUCACCCCAGCCCCCAUGCACCCUCACCUAUACGCAAACAUAAUCGUAACCGGGGGAAACGCCCUGUUUCCAGGGUUCGAGACUAGAGUCCUGAGCGAAGUCCGAAAAAUUGCGCCCGACGACUACGAUGUGAAUGUGACCGUCCCCGAGGCUCCGCCCAGUUACGCCUGGUUGGGCGGGGCCACGCUGGCGAGUGCAAGCAGCAAGCCGGGACACCUGGUACCAGUGACUCUAGCUGAGUACAGAGAGCACGGACACUCUCUGUGCUACCGCAGAUUCAACAAGAUGCAGGUCUGGACGCCUUCAUCAACCACGUAGAGAGUUCACUAUUAUAGUCUCAUGAACUGUAUUUUGUGACACUGGGAAUUUGAACAAGGUGUAUUUCACUCGCCUUUUCCCAGCCUACUUUGCAUCUCCACAUUCACAUCACUAUAAUAUACAGUCUUGUUCAUGACAUUAAUCACCAUAGAGAUAUUUACAUGUGAAAGAAUUGAGAU